CACUGUAGCCUUUUGUGGAGGACUGCAUGUAUUUGUCUAUUAUUGCUUUUCAGUCUGGAGUAAAAUGUAUCAAGAAAGGCACUUACCAUGAUUAACUGAGUUCCAUAUUAAUCCUACACAUAACUCCAAGUUGUACAUACAUGUAGUGUAUGUAAAAUCAUUGCAAUUGGAGGAGUCGGGGCUGUUAAGGUUAAUGAAAACCUCAGCUAGGCUACCCUUGAACUUUGAAAAGCAAGUUCUCAAACAUGCCCAAACCUUAACUUGACUUUACUAUAACAUUGUUAUUUGGAAGAUUGUUUUGGAAAUGUGACUCACUGUCCCCUAACCAGGGCAGGCAGAAGGCUUAAUUUUAGCUGUUCUCUGAAAACUGACACUAGUAUACAAGUGGACAUAUGCAGGCAUCACAUUGUUCACUGCCCGCCAUCCCACAAAUUACCGUACCAGUCAGUGCCAGAGCUUACCAAAGGUUUCUGCGAGCUGAAUUUGCUCUAUGAAUCACUUUAGGCACUGUAUAGCGUCAGGGGAGGAGACUUGUCAAGUAUCGAAAUUGCCAACAUUGUACCAGCCUGGUGAGCCAGGUUGUAGAAUGGUGGUCCACCAAUACAAGUAUGUUACAUGUAUGUACCUGCAACGAGGGCGCUUCACUUUAUCAAAUACUAUCAAACCUUGUUGAUAAGAGAUCCUGCACCAAUUACAUGUACAUGCCUUGUUUUAACUGGAAACUUGUACUAUCAGGAAUGAAAAUAAUGAAGAACAAAGCGUUGUUUUUAUGUGUUUACGACCGGAAUGUACUGACGGUGCUCUAAUUAAUGAGGUGCAACUAGAUGACAAAGGGGCCUCAAUAGUCACCGAUUCAAGACUGUGGAGAGUGUGUUAACGCUAUGUAUACAAGUAACGAGUGUGAAGCAGAUUCAGUCUUCCAAGUACCAUGCCUGAAGAUUGCAGUCAGCAAAGGGCUUGGGUUUGGUAUCAUCCUUGGAUCCGUCAUGGUGAAACUGCCACAGAUCGUCAAGAUCGUCAUGUCCAAGAGCGGUCACGGCAUCAAUGUGGCAGCAGUGACCUUUGAACUCACGGCCAUCUCGUUUACCUGGGCCUACUCCGUAGCUAAUUCCUUCCCUUUCUCGGCAUGGGGUGAGGCGCUAUUUAUGGCCGUCCAGACUACUACCAUAGCUACCCUCUGCUUCUGGUAUAAGGAGCAGACCCUUCAAGCAAUCCUGUACGUCUCGGGCUACUUGGCCAUCAUGUUGGUCCUGCUAUCUGGCGCCACGCCCCUGAGUAUACUAUCAGCCAUGCAAGCGACCAACAUGCCCAUCGUCGUCCUCAGUAAGCUGAUCCAAGCCCAGACCAACUACAACAAUGGUCACACGGGCCAGCUCUCCGCCGUCACCGUCUUCCUGCUCACCCUGGGCAGCGUGGCACGCAUCUUCACCACCAUCCAGGAGACAGGUGACGCCAUGAUGACGUGGACCUACAUCAUUGCCACCGCCACCAAUGCCCUGGUUGCGUUCCAGGUCCUGUGGUACUGGAAACGAACCGAGGAGUUUGUCAAGAAGCAGCAAGCAAAGACGGAGUAAUAGUGAUGGAUCUCUACCCCUCCCCUCUCCCCCCCUAUCUUCCGAAAUGCUUCCCAAGGCACUGUUUUGCACCUCACUAAGACCAGGGCCAGUCCCAAUUGUAAGGGGUUGGAGAGGGGACGGUCCAUUUUUGGUAGUCCCAACUCCUACAGGGUCAUCCAAAAUGUUGUGUUGGAUUUUGAGGAAUACGGGGUGGUUAGGAUUAGACUACAGAGUCAUCAAAAGAUGGAGUCAAGGUUGGCAAGUCGGGAAUUUGUUGAUUGAUACAGAUUUGGUGUCACUGGAUAUUGAUUUUUUAAGCUCAGUUCUGUUUACAUGAAGGAAUAUGGAGCACUUUUGAUAAAUUAGAGGAGGCAUUUACACUUGGUGAAGUUGGACAUCAGUUUACCUUGACAAUCUUUUUAUUAGAGAACUACAACCGUUAGAAUGGUUGCGACUUUACUGGUAGGUUAAUUAAUUUUUCAUACUGUUUUUGUGGGUGUCAUUGCAACCAUUAAAGUGAUAGUGCGAGAGGAGUGAGUCUAGUGAUUCUUGAGACCUCUGUUCAAGGUGUCUCAAAAAUCCUCAACAACCAAGUUUCUUUAAGAGUGCGGCCAUGUUUUCUGCAUUCCCAAUCGAGAAUACUUUUACCUCUUGGGUGAGCUAAGUUCUGUUUUAUCCAUUGGUCAAGGCAGGGUAAAAUACCAGUUGUUUUAACACCACAGCAUCCUAUCAGCUCAAAAUACAUGGAUGUCAAGAGCUCUUGACUUGAUAUCCUCAACCAUGACAAUUUUGUAUCUGUGGCUGUUUGAUUUUUCGGAGAUAAAUUUGUGCCAAAGUGUCCUCUUUUCCUCGACUUCUGUUUCUCAAAUCUUAUACAAAGUGGCUGCUAGUUUAUCAAACAGCCAUUGAUAAAUAUACAGAUGAUGACGAAAAUAUUCACCUGAGAACAUUCUGCUUGGAAGAUAAUUAAAAUUAUUCUUAGUGGGCAUUGCAAUACUGCCUUUAUUUUAAACAGUUGUUUUUUGAGUAACGAAUAGUUUCCUGAGGUGUUUUUUAUCAGGUGCUGGAUUGAACCCAAUUUGUUGAUCAUAGGGUUUUCAGUCAUAACUAAAUUACAUUAUUUUAAUGUUUUGGGCUGUGGAGAAAAAAACUGUUUUGUGUCUUCUCUGUCGGACACUGUUGCCAUCUUUAGAAGUUGGAAUGCGAUACUUGAACAGGAGAACUGCCACAUGUAUCCACUGAAGAUCUGGAGACCGGGUUAAAAGCACGG